GGUUAUCACAGCCUGCACAUGGCUAGACCUUGUGAUGCUCAGCUCAACGGCGCUGUUCACAUUCAUAUGCUCGUUCUCCUGCACGGUUGAGAUAGGCUGACAUCCACAUCGGCUCCGGACGAGCGCAUAUCACGCAACAAAGACCGAAGUUUAUUGGGAAUCAGACCGUCGGACACAUGCAAGAGAUACAAUGACGGACGACAAAGACGUUUACAGUUUCUACAAAUGCGCAGAUAUCCAUCUACCGCUACGAAUCCGCAUCUCGUCGCUGGUCGGGAAGCUAUCCAAGCAUUCCCGAACAGAAUUGUUGGAACACCCAGAAUAUCGGUUUUGGGGGUCGCAAACAACAGACUAUCCCGACCUCUAUGUGCGGUUCAGACUGUACUCUGACAAUAAACCGCUGACGCCUUUCUACCGGACCGCGUAUAAGCAGUUCCACAAGGGAUGGAACUGGAACGAGUGGAUCACUUUCCCAUGGAGCUUAUCAGAGCUGCCAUUAAAUGCUCAAAUCUCCUUCACAAUUUAUGACACGGCUGGUCCAAAUAAGAGCAAUGUCGUUGGAGGUACCACAUUUCGCCUCUUCGGCAAGCGCGGUACGCUGCGCAAAGCUCAGCAUCGUCUUUUUGUAUGGAAAGGCCAGGAAGGAGACGGAUCCGCCGAGAGCUCAACGCCUUCGAAGAUCGGAUCCGUGCAGGACGAGAUGGGUCGGCUUGAAAAACUCAUCAAAAAACACAAACGAGGUGAUCUUCCCGCUGUCGAAUGGAUGGACAAGCUCGCUAACCGGAGAGCCGAGCAGAUUUACCAAGCAGACCUUGAAGCAAGCCCGAACAUUUUUCUCUACAUUGAGAUGCCGCAGUUUGAGCUGCCCCUCGUUUUUUGCGAACCGGAUCCAAAGCCGAUCACCCUACCGCCUCUUCAUACAUAUGCAACAGGAACUUCAGCUGUAGCAACCCAAGCACGCCCCUCGGCCGUCCAAGGUGGAGCGGGAGCGAGGGUGGGCGGCUCGUCGGCUAUCUCGGGUAUCGAUUCGUCUCUUUUCACGAUUGCUGAUGCCGAAAUUGCAAGGGAGUCGCCAAUUGAAGCAAAACAUAGGCGGAUGGCGAGGCAACACAGAAGUGGUCCACUUGACCGGGAACUGAAGCCAAAUGCCUCUGUUCGCGACCAGCUCAAUGAAAUUCUGGCCUAUCCCCCGACACGGAUAUUGGCCGAAGACGAGAUGAAUCUAGUCUGGUCAUUCCGAUUUUAUCUCACGAGAGAUCCGAAAGGCCUCACUAAAUUUCUCAAAUCCGUUUCAUGGUCAGAUCCGGCAGAGGCCAAGCAGGCCACGGACGUCCUCGUGCCGAUGUGGUCCGAACCUGCGGUUGACGAUGCACUUGAGCUCCUGGGACCUACCUUUAAGGACGCCAGAGUACGAGCGUACGCCGUCAGCUUACUGGAAAGAGCAGAUGAUUCGGAGCUCAUCCUUUACUUGCUCCAGCUGGUUCAAGCGAUCAAGUUUGAUCAUCUCGCUCUCAUGUCCGCAUCGCUACGCGAAGAUCGCGUGCCAGGAGUGUUGCAACGCGAACAGCCUCGCGAGGGUGACAAUGCCGAGCGACCUCAGCGUCCUCCACCCUCACUACGCGCAUCCAGCACUGCAAGCAUCUUCGGCGAGCACCGACUGGCAGACUUUCUCAUUCGACGAGGCAUCCGCAAUGCCGAGCUGGGCAACAACUUUUACUGGUACUUACUCGUCGAAUGCGAUGACAAGGUGCAGGGCAAACUGUUCUCGCAAGUGAAAUCAAAGUUCUUCGAUCGACUGUCUGACACGCCUGGCGGGAUCGCUCGCCGCGAGUCGCUGGAGCGGCAGACCCGGAUGGUUACGACAUUGUCGCGGUGGGCGGUCGAGUUGCGCUUUUCGAAAGAUGCCCGACCGAGGAAGAUCGAGAAGCUCCGCGCAUUGAUUUCCGAUCCCAAGUCUGGGCUAGCUGAGUUUCAGCCGCCGUUGACGCUGCCUCUCGAUGCGAAGGUGAGCAUCGCCAGAACCGUGGCGGAAAAAAGCACAGUGUUCAAGAGCAGCCAGCUGCCCCUGCUACUGCACUUUGUUCCGAGUGGUUCUGAGGAUAACGACGACGGCGAGAGCGGUGUCGCCGCAUCCUCCAACGGGACAGCCUAUCCGGUCAUCUUUAAAAAUGGGGACGAUCUGCGACAAGAUCAGCUGGUCAUUCAACUUUUCACACUGAUGGACCGACUCCUGAGAAACGAAAAUCUGGAUCUGCGCAUUACACCGUACAAGGUGCUCGCCACUGCCCCAGAGGACGGGAUGGUCCAAUUUGUCCAGAGCCAGAGCAUUGCAAGCAUCGCAGCGCAGUACCAGGGCAGCGUCCUCAACUAUCUCAGAGAGCACCAUCCAGAUCCAAAUAGCGCGGAUACUCUUGGUGUCAAGGCAGAGGUGCUUGAUACCUUUGUCCGGAGUUGUGCCGGAUAUUGUGUCAUUACCUACCUGCUCGAGGUAGGUGAUCGACAUCUGGAUAACUUACUUGUAGCCCCAGACGGGCACUUCUUCCAUGUCGACUUUGGCUAUAUCCUCGGACGCGACCCUAAGCCGUACCCACCCCCGGUCAAGGUAUGCCGCGAGAUGGUCGAGUGCAUGGGCGGUGCCAACUCGCCACACUACCACCGGUUCAAGUCCCUUUGCUUCACGGCAUUCACGUCGCUGCGCAAGUCGGCCAACCUAAUCCUAAAUCUCAUUGCGCUUAUGGUCGACGCCAACGUCAGAGACAUCCAGCGCGAGCCGGACCGUGCUGUGCAGCGGGUGCAGGAGAAGUUCUGCCUUGCCUUGAACGAUGGAGAGGCUAUCAAGCAUCUAGACCGACUAUUGAGCGAGAGCUCGUACAUCACCACAGUCAUGGAUAAGAUGCACGACUGGGCUCAAAUGCUGAGGGCCUGAGGAUCGUACCACAGGCACUUGCAGCCCACCUCCACGGUCCUCCUUUGUACUGGACGUGCUGUACUAUCACGACGAUACCUUUUUACCAUUUUCUCUUCCACCUGGAGCUUCUUUGUGCACGCGCUGGCGCAAUGGCUAUGUAGCCGAGACUUGGUGCGACGGUGUCACCUUGCGUGCACCCAUAUCAAGCUACAGUCUGUGGUGGUGAUCUCCAUCACUACAUCAUCAAUCCAUCGUGCGUCAUUCCUGAUCGAACCACACGGAAAACUUGCGAAGCCGUCCAAGGACCUCACGAAACCAUAGGAGGUAUGAGAAGUAUUGAUGAACAGUCGGAAUGCGAAUGAG